ACAGACAGACAGCUCCCAGUUGAAGACUAGCUCAGUUUAGGAGAGGACACAUCAGUUCCUGUCUGAAGCUGAGGCUGAACACACGCUGAGGAGAAUGGAGAUCUUCACUCAGGAGAAGAUGAUUCUUUACGUCUUCCUCAGCAUUCUCGCCAUGGCUCGAGGGAAGAUAUUAGCAGGUUCAUGCAGUUUUGAGAAGACCAUGUGUGACUACACAGCAGAUCCAGCUUUUCUCAGCUGGAACCUCAACCCUAAAGAGCAUUUCAUCACUCUGGAUGCAACCUUGCAGGGAGAUGGGGACAAGGCAGUUCUGUUGGGUCCUGAUUUGGAGCUGCAGGAUUGGAGCUGUCUCCGCCUCAUCUAUCAGAUCACUGGUAAUGCCUCACUUCAGGUUCUCUCUCGUUCAGAGGGAGAGAAUUUUGACCACACGCUCUGGUCGUCCAGCAGUUCCUCUGAUAGCUGGACCAUCACCACCAUAGACCUGCAGAAUUCCACUGAAACUUACAAGAUAGUGAUUGAGGGUAGACGAGGCUCAGCUGAAAACAGCAGUGUGUCCAUUUUUGAGGUCAACAUUUCAGAUAAAUACUGCAUCGAGUGUGAUUUUGAGGAGUCUCACCUGUGUGGCUUUGCGAGUCAGUGGAGUGGAAAUGUGAACUGGUACGUGGGGAGAGGAUCUCCAAACAACCCUGCACUCAGUGACGGUCCCGGUCAUUACAUGUACGUGGAUUCGAUCCACUGCAGGACUCUGAAGGAAGUGGCCACACUGCUGUCCCCCAUGACCUCGGUGCCCAUGUCCGGCUGUUUGAGUUUUCUCUACCAGCAGGACCACGCCGAGGGUCACAUGUUCUCGGUGUACAGCAGGGACCGGGCGGGGCAGUACAGCGAGCUGUGGAGAGCAGACCUUCCUGAGAGCAACCAGGUGGAGCAGGAGGUCAAAACUCGAGUGUGGAUUCCUGUACAGCUGACCCUGAGUGCCCCCUACCCCCUACAGGUGGUAUUUGAAGUGUCCUUUAACAGUCCUAAUGGAGGUCGUGUUCUGCUGGAUGAUGUUGUAUUUUCUCCGGAGUCAUGCUCUGCAGGAAAAGAGUCUAUGUUUAACCCCUCAGUGGCAGACUGUGAUUUUGAGCUGGGUUUUUGUCGAUACACACAGAACAUGAUGCAGAGUGAAAUGUGGAGGAGAGUCUCAGUUCGGCCCAAUGUGUACCGUGAGGGAGAUCACACGACCGGGAGGGGUUCCUUCUUGUUAGCGAGUUCACGCUUCACCAUGCAGUCUGGCUCCAUCACUCGACUGUUCGGACCGUCUCUGCCCAGCAACCAGAGGUUCUGCCUGAGGUUCUACUACUCUCUCCGAGGUUUCAGUAAAUCUGAGCAGACAUUAUCCGUGUAUCUGUAUAACAGCACAGCACAGAGACACAGCCGGGUCUGGAGCCCGAGUGAUGGGACGAGAGACGUGUGGAUUCAGGUGGAGCUCAGCAUCCAGACUCAGAACAGCACUCAGGUGAUGUUUGCAAGUACGUGUAAAAGUUUUUGGAACUGUGGUUCUGCUGCUCUCGAUGACAUCAGCCUCCGUCCUGGGGACUGUGACCUACCAUCAGGUUCUUCGUCGGUUCCUUCACACUGUGACUUUGAGAAAGGAUUUUGUGAAUUUACUCAGGACAAAAAGCGUGACACAUCAGAGUGGGUUUUGAUCAGAGGAGCAACACCAACCUCCUACACUGGACCUAAAGGAGACCACACCACCGGAGUGGGUCAUUAUCUGUACAUCGAGGCCUCCCUGAUGCUGCCAGGUCAUAGUGCCCGCCUUCUGUCCCGCCCCCUUCGAGGUUCUAGAGCAGCUCAGUGCCUGCUCUUCUUCUACCACAUGUAUGGUUCUGGAACAGGUUCUCUCAGAGUUCUGCUGCACUCUGAGCUGGAGGAUGGAGAGAUGGUGCUGUGGGAAAGGAGUGGAGAACAGAGCAUCUCCUGGAUGAGAGCGUCAGUGACCUAUCAGUAUGACCAUCACCACCAGAUUGUAUUUGAAGCCACCCGAGGCCCAUCCAUACUGAGUGACACUGCCAUUGAUGACAUCACAUUUCAGAAGGGACCGUGUAAAGAUGGUGAUCUGUGACUCCGCCUUUCCCUCAGUCAGAUCUGAUUAUAAUGACACACAGCAAGAGAAGAAACGUCUUUAAAACAGCUUUAUUAUGUUUAGCAUUAAACACCUUAUACAGGUGAUAGUCUCUCAUGCCUGCGUUUAUAACCGUUUAUUCACUGUGUGACUUCAGCCUUGUGAUUUCAGAUGAUUCCUCAUCACACUGUUGGUCAUCCUGUCCAUUAAACCCUGCAGUGAACUCUGUAGCAGUCUGUGU